CAUUCCCUGUUGUUUGGCCCCUGGUCACUAGGCAACAGCAACGCGAAUCCAAGAAAAAACAUCCGGGAAAGAUCCCCGAUUGUUCUUCUGUUCGUUUAAACGAAGAAGACCCGAAGAAGCUCCUUUACGCAUCAGAAUUCCUGCGCGACAAAUCCACUAAAAGACAUGACGACGCAUUUUCUUCCUUUUUUAGAGAACAGUCCUGGUCAAAAACUCCAGGUGGGAAAUGGAGUAAACAACAUUUUUGUGACACAGUCGCAGGACACCAGAAGGGAAGAAGAUGCCAAUCACAUACCAGUUUUAAAAGUGCCUUCGAGCAGAGUCUUGGAGGCAGGAGUGACUACUUUGCAAAAGACCCUGGUUCUGGAGAAACAGGCAGAGCUGGAUGAGGUGGAGAAGCGACUUGCCCUUAAACGGCUGGAUUUUAAAGCCUGCAUGGAGGCCCUAGCUCGGCGAAGGUCUGAACUUGAAAUAAAACUACAAGAGACUAAAGAAAAAGUAGUGAAAUUUGAGAAGUUCAUAGCUGAGAAUGAAGCAAAGCGACGCAGAGCGUUAAAGAGCUGUGAAGCUUCACGGGCGCAAAACAUUUUUAAAAAGCAGCAGAUAAAAGAUUUGACAGAACAGCUUAAAGGAUUCAGAGACAGGAGGCACGUUUUAAAGGAGAGAGUGGCAAAAUACAAAAUCUAUGAGGAUUAUUUGAUAAAAACACGAGAUUAUCUCCCCAGCAAUUACCUCGAUGACGGGUCUGAAUCUUUAGUCAUGCCUAUCAUUCGGCGUCAUGAGACCUUAUCCAUCACACACCAGGAGCUGCUGCAGCGUUUGCGACGUAUGGAGGUGGAGGUGGAGGAAGGCCAGCGGCAGCUGCAGAAUAUGAAGAAGGAACACAGCGUAAAGAAACUGAUGGCCAAUAAAGAGCUGUCCGAACUGCAGAGUGAGUUAGAGACCCUCAAAGAGAAGAACAAGCAGGCAGAGUUUAACUUGCAGAUGGAGCAAGACUUAUCCAGAGAGAAGGUUACAGAAGUGGGAAGACUGCUUAUGGCCAUCAGCAACCUUGCAGAACAGUGUUACUUACCAGAAUACGGACCGCUGGAAAAGAUGAACGCGCUGACUAUGAUGAACAUGGUGAAGGAGUACAUUCUGGACAAGGCAGACACGGAGAGGAGAGCGAGGAGGAUGAUGGAGUUGGGGAGUUUGAUGACAAGCACAACCGCCGCGGCAAACAAAAGAGAGAGGGGGUCAAUGAGAAGCUUUGGAAGUAAAACACAAAUCAAAAGUUCAAGUAAAGUCAGCAGAAGGAGUGAGACAUUUGGUUGAUGUUGUGGUUUGAGUAUUCAUCACAGUGUUGUCUCUUAUGGUUUGUUGAGAGUGGAGGUUCGUUCUUGAGAUGGGAAGAAGCACUUUAAACCACUUUGUAGCAAAUGAAGUGUUACCAAAACCUUGAGAAAAAAAAGCUUGUAGGAGAACAGAAUUUUUUUUUUCAUUAUUUGCCUUUAUAUCAUUUGUUCAUUGUUUCAAAAAAUCUGUGCACCAACCUUUGCACUUAAGACGUCAUAGACAAGGAAAUGAAAACGUAGCUGUUUGAAAUGAGAUCCUUAUGUUUAACAGGUCAUCCGAACUUGUAAAUUUGGAUUUGGUCACCUUGUACUGUG